UGCACAUAUAUAUACAAGACAGUAAACAGCGCCUUCUUACAUAUAAUGUAGUACUGGAACGUAUAACGUUAUAUACAAAGCAAGCGGUGCUGUUAACGGUUGUUGCUCAUUAAUCGUUUCAGAAAACCAACUGUCUAUUAUACUAUUAGCAAUUUGAUUUGGACAUUUUGGUACGGAGUAUACGGUAUUAAAGUAUCGUCUUGCAACAAAAGUCACUCUCUUUGAAGGUAUAUAAGUAUACUGUAUUUUUGCACGAGAUCCGUUAAUAUUAUUUGUUGAUGUACUUAGGCUACAUUGUAAACUGUUUAUAUAUAAUUAGUUCUAUAAGUACUGAUAUAUCUCAGAGGGUCCACAUUUUUGCCAAACCCCAGUCCCAACUGUGAAAUUGAAAGAAAACCCCAGAGCACGUAUAUUUCAUUCAUGUACUUACUUUCUUCUUGGUUUGGAGUCUAUGUCAUUUUGAAUAAUUUAUGACUGUGUCACAAAGCUGUUACAACCAUUAAAAAACCAUGAAAACAUUGCAUAAUUUGUACGCUAUAAUUAAGCAAUUUUACCUGGAAUUUAGGGCAAAAAGGUCUACUGAAAAAUGCAUUUUGCAGCAAUGGAAGCGGUGACAACCCAAAUUCGCCUACCCCCAAAAAAAUUCGCAACGUGUCCGCCAUGACUGACCGAAUUGACAGUCUUUGUAUAUAUAGGUUAUGUACAUACAUAUACGCUUUCCAGCACAAAGUUCAAUGCGACUCUACAUGUACUGUCUGAGAGUGUUUUAUUCGCUGCAGGAAUAUGAAUUAUCAACCACAAUAUAGGGUCGUAACUCGCAACAUGAAUAAUCGUCGUUCUAAUUUCAUAGCUAAAUAUCGCAUAGCAUCAUUCAUUUUCCUUCUGCAUUUAGAAAUAUUAUAAAGAAAUAUUAUAAAGGAUGGAAAACACAGCAACACCAAGCACAAAUUCGCAGGCUCGCCCUGUAGAAGAAAACCAUUCAUGGCGCGAAAUAAAUGUAGAGCAACCAAGGACGAAUCUGCCGCCACCAUACGAGGAAAAUAUACACCAACCAGAAUAUGCUACACAGAUGUUUCCGUCCAUCAAUGAACAGCCAACUGGUCAAACAAUACUACUGAUUGUAAGUUGAUUUUUUACGUCAGUUGGCAAGGUAUAAUUAAAGAAUAUAUGCCAUGUAUAUCUGCGGUAUUGAAGGCUGAAUAUGCAUGCAUGGGGCUUACCAAUGGACAGCUUUGCAAAAUUUCUUGCAUGCAAUGUUUACAGUUGUGGCAAAAAAGGUCUUACUUCAUUUCAUCUGAAACAAUUUUGAAAUUCUCUAUUUUAGAUUAAUUCUUCAUUUCAUCUGAAACAAUUUUGAAAUUCUCUAUUUAUCAACUGCAUGCGACGUAUAUAGAACAAUUAAAAUACUAUACUGUAUAUAUAUAGAUAUAUAGUGUCCUCGUGAUGAGGUCGAAAGACGAAACUACUUAUUUUUAACGUCACAUUUAGUGAUUUUAAUUUUUUUUUUAGUCAUUCAAAUAUGUUGUAGUCUUUUGUAUAUUUUCGUAAAGUGUCGAUUGUCGAAAGGCGAAAUCUGAACAUGACAUAGAGAAUACUGGAAAGGAAUAGGGCAAUAAAAAUUUAGUUUGUCUCAUUUGAAAGAACUUUUAAACUAUGGGAAAAAUCUUUUCACAGGUUCUUCGAAUGUUGCUUAGUUCUCGAAAUAUUUUGACUGGAAGUAGUUUUAUAUGCGGCUAAUCCUGCUUUUGAUGUCUCCAAAAGCACCGUCACUAUAAUCCAAGAUGGCGAACGCUCAUUGUUUGCAUACAGUCAAAAUAUUUCAAGAACAAAGCGAGAUAUAUGAAAAAUCGGAACAGGAGUUUUAUGAAUUGAAAUUUAUAUCAAAUGAAACAAGUUUUAAGUUAUUCACACGAACUUUGGCCUUGCGAAAUUAAUAUAGAACUAAAUUCGCAGUGUCAACAACACGAGUAAAAAAUAUGGAUUCCCUUUUGUCAACAAAGAAGGAUACAGGUGAAAAACAAAUUUAAACUGGUAACAAAUCCAAAAGAAAAGCAUAAGUAACUGUCUUUUUGUCACUAGAUUUAGCUCAUCUUAAGUUCGCUAAUAAUUAAAUUAAAUUAAAUUAAACGUCAUGUGCUAUGCUGUACUUUAAUGUAUACUGUUAUGUAUUGUAUAUUAUUGUACUGUACAGUAAUCAGUACUCUUACAUGAAUCAUGUUCAAAUCUUAUAUUACGUUAUUUCGCCAUAUACAGCAACCUACAGCUGGAGAUGCAAAUUAUGUUGACCCUUGUUUGACUCUAUCUAUUAUAUCUUGCCUGUGUUGUUUCGCACCGACUGGAAUCGUGGCGAUCGUGAUGUCUUGUUUGGUAAGAAUCCAAAUUUUGCCGUCGAUUUUUUACUCUGAAAUGUUGAUUUUUCUAUUUUUGGGAUUAAUUUUGCCCUGAUUUUGCCUGAAGAAAUCGGAUAAAAUGCAAUUGCUAGUGUGAAAACUGGACAAGACCAUGAAGUUCUUUUCAAUCAUUUCAAGCCAAAAAAAGCUAUAUAUGUAAUCUUGAACGUCUGUGCCAAUGUAGGUACUUACUUACUUACUUAAAAAAUGGUUUAACCACGCUGGCCAUACACAACAUAUUUGUAAAAAUACAAUGAGUAUUGAGUUGAUUUUCAGAUGGGGCGUGUUAUACUUACAACUAUCUUAACUAUUAGGUAGUGGCAAUAACAAGGAAGCUUCGGAUUAAUAUGGAUAUAACUACUUGAAAAAUGCAAGGAAAACCGGCUUUCUCUUUGAAGGGUUUUUCGAAUUUAUUAAAGGCCAAACGAAGGGCCUUCGCUCGUGUAGUCCUAGCUAUCAAAAAGCUCGCCGCGAUAUAAUGGACGAGAUAAUGGACUUCCUCUUUUGGGAACCUUGCGUGGCAUGAUUCAGUAAAACUAAGGACCUUAUUUUUUACUUUGUGACACAUGUAGGCGGAAUCUAGCAUGGAGAGUGGUGAUUACCAGCAAGCAAAGACGUACUCAAAAUGGGCAAAACAUUUGGGUGUGGCUUCGAUCACAAUUGGUACUACCAUAUUUGUGAUUGCCAUCAUUGGACUUUUGGCCUCCGGCUGACAAUAGCGGAGAAGAAGAAAAGGGAGGGGCGGGGGGCAACGUCCUUUUAGCCAUCAUCGAUCCGUAAACCCGGAUUGUCAUCAGAGCAAUUAAUUUCUAAUUUUCGCACUAUUAUUGGCGCUGAUGAUGACCCAGGCAUACGGAUGCAUAGUUUUCUGAAAAAGAUACACGUGACCAUAAAAUAAAACAAUUAUAGUUAUUUCACCAUGCAAAUAAACAAGAACUUUAGUUAAAUUGUAGCUGAGUGAUAUAGGCAAUAGGAUUAUUUUGAGUGCAAUAGUUGGAAACAGAUCGAGGCCUGUUUUAUACGUCGAAUUUCGGUCGCGUCGAAUGCAAUUCAAACAAUAGAUAAUGAAGCUUAAUGACUGUUUAUCAUCUCAUUAUUUAUUGUCUUAAUUGCAUUCGACACGACUGAUCAAAAUUCGACGUAUAAAACAGGCCUAAGAGUGCGCGUUUCAUCCGAAGUUCACAAGAAACCACGUUAUAUAUAUAUAUACUUGUUAAUAAUAUCAAUAUGCUAGUAUGCUUUACAAUAAAACCGCUUUCUCUUUUUUUAUCAUUUGUACAAAGAUGUGAUAUUUAACUGAAUAAAUCUUGUUGGAAACUCAAUUU